AUGGCAGAAAGUCGAAUUGGCAAUAGCACAAACUUAACACAUGAGAAUUCGGUCUCAAUUGAAUAUUUUAAAAAAUGCUUAAACACGGCGAAAGAAUGUGAGGACAAACUUGGUCAACGACGUGCACAUGUGAAUCUUGGUUUAACGUACUUGAAAUUCGAAGAUUUCGAUCAAGCACUUUAUCAUUAUCGAGAAGCAAGCACUAUUGGUGAAUCCACUAAUGACGAGUUAUUUCUAGCGCAGGUUUAUUUUAUAAUCGCCUGUAUUCAUCAUUUAAAACAAGAUUACCGAUCAGCUAUAUAUUUCCAUGAGAAACAUUUAAAUUAUGCUCAAAAACUACAAGAUACCACAGGUCAAUGUCAAGCUUAUUUGCUGUUAAGUCAAUUACAUGACAAAAUAAACCAAUAUGAUAAAGGAAAGAAAUUUCAGAAUUUGUAUGCAGCUUUGAAACGAGUGAUGAACGCCGAUGAAAUGAAGUCUGCUUCGAAGAAUAAACUAAACAAGAACCUUCGUGCUGAGUCUAUCACACUGACACUGACGGAUUCACAUCCUCCACAAUCAUCGCGUUCGCACUCAGCUCUUCCUGGCGGUUUGAAUAGUACGAAUAAAAAGCCGAGAGCAGGUUUCAUGCAGAAUUUAACCAAGAAACCAAUGAUAAAGUCGUUACAAACACAAUCAGCAAGUACGGAUACGGAAGAACUAGUUGAUGUUGUUCAUCGCAUGCAAAACACGCGUUUAGAUGAUCAACGAUGUGAAAUGAGAGUUUCGCCGAAGGAUAAAAAUGAACAAUGUGCACAUACUCAAAUUGAAGAUAUAUGGAAGACCAUCGAUCGUUUACAAAAAUUUCGUUUUGAUGAUCAACGAACAAGUUUUCGACGACUGACGGCCCGUUCUCAUUCACCUUCGGAUGAAUCCUUCUUCGAUCAACUUGCCAAAUGUCAAGAUUCUCGUUUGGACGAUCAACGAGCUGUACUUUUACCCAUCGGUUCAUCCAUAGUUCGCCCGGUGUCAGCUACGACAAUCAUUACUCCUUCGAGUAUUUCUAUCCAUGAAUCAACAUCGAAAACAUUGCCGAACACAGAAUUUCUUUCACUUUUUAAUCGUUUACAAGCACACUAUCGCGAAGAACAAAUCUUCGAUUCAUCAUGGACAAAACGAACGGACGUAAAUAUUUGA